UCAGGAAGAAUAUAUGAAACGUUAUCCCCGUGGUUUGAAUCCUGUGAAACUGAACGACACUGUGUUCGCCGUCCAUGCAACCGUGGCCACUCUCAUCACCAUGAUUCAGUGUUUUAUCUACGAAAGAGAAGGGCAGCGAGUGUCAAUAACAGCCACGGUGAUAUUACUAUUAUUUGGAGUGUUUUUACUCAUAUCGAUGAUUCUGGCAGCUGUUGCGGUUUUCCACUGGUUGGAUUUUUUGUAUUACUGUUCCUAUGUCAAGCUGACAAUAACCCUGAUCAAAUACGUCCCUCAGGUUGUUCCAGAUUAGGUGGUCAGUAUGUCUGACUCAUAAACAAGAUUAACACGUUAGCAGCGUUAAAUGUCCCCAGGGACAUAUAGCCGCACUACGCUGAUGUCCGGCAGCAAAAAUGGCAGUGCGUCAUCUAGUAUGUUAUUUUCCAUAGAUUCUUAGAGGCUUGUGGUACAAUAUUUUUACUACGAUAAUAGCAGUAAUUGAAUGCCUUUUCGUAUAGUACUGGGGAUAUGUAUACGUACGUGGC